CAUUUUUCGUUCAUGCGAUAAUUGUGUAUAUUUAUGUUUGUAACACUAUGUGUAUUUACAAUGUACUUACCCAACCCUUGAACCGGUAAAUUAAAGAUUAUUGAAAAAUGCACACAGUAUUAGUGACAGGAGGAUGCGGUUUUCUAGGCCAACAUGUAGUCAAACAUUUACAGCUCUAUGGAGAGAAUGUUGAAGAAAUACGGGUUUUUGACUUCGUUCCAUUUAAAAGAAAAUUAGAAUAUGACUGUGAUAAGACGAUAACGUCAAUUAUUGGAGACAUACGGGAUGCAGACUCAGUCACACGAGCUUGUAAAGGUGUCGAUGCUGUGUUCCAUCUAGCGUCAAAAAUAGAUGUUUCCUUAAUUCCUGACGACAAAUCUAUGUAUGCUGUUAAUGUGAAAGGUACACAAAAUAUAAUUAGAGCGUGCACAGAACAAAACGUACAGUACUUGAUAUAUUGUGGUACAUUAGGAUCAUUUUAUGGGUACGAUGCUGUUCGGAACGGAACAGAAACAUCGGUUACAUUUCCAAAGAUAUGUUCACAUGGACAUUACGGAGAAACAAAACGGAAAGCUCUGGAGAUAGUUAUAAAUGAAAAUGGAUCAACUUUGAAAAAUGGUAAUGUUCUUAGAACUAUUGGUAUUUUACCUCCCGGGAUGUAUGGUGAGCUUGAUCCAACAAAUAAAAUUUCUCGUAACAGAUCAGUGAGAAAUGGAAUAUACUAUCGUGUAAUGGGAGCCAUGGAGGCAAAACUACAAUACAGUUAUGUUGGAAAUGUUGCUAUGAUGUUUGUCAAAGCGUAUCAGUCAUUGCAAAACAAUGAAAAGCUUGGAGGACAGUAUUUUUUUGCAGUUGACGAUUCCCCACCACAGACACAUAUCGAAUAUCGAAAACCGUACAUAGGCGAAAAUAUUGGUAUUUCGUCAUGGCAUUUGUCGCAUCGCUUCGUGUGUGCUGUACUCCAUUUCAUAUAUUUUUGCUUACUUAUAAUCAGUCCGUUUAAAAAGGCAAAUUUUCAGUUAUCGCCUAAUGUAAUUAAUUUUGUCAAUACAACUUUCUAUGUAACAUAUGAGAAGGCGAAAACGUUGUUUGGUUACAAACCUUUAUACGACUACAAAGAAUCCGUCCGGAGAACAAUAGAAAGUUUGUCUAAAGUAAAAAGUAUUGACCAAUAGAAAGUUUGCCUAAAAAAAGUUUUUGAACAUUUGAUAGUUUGCCGGAAGUAAAUUAUUGAGGAAGGACAUACUAAAUUUAAAUGUAAAGACAGGCGUUGGUGUUAUCUUGUAACCAGUGUUUAAUCUUAAUGUUCAUUUGAAAUAAGCUUUUAUAUUUCAAUUUGCCUAUUAGAAAUGUCUUGCUAAACGAUAGCAUCCUGAUUAGCAAAUUCAGAUUUGUUGCUUAUUGUAGUUACCAAAAUAUAAAUUUGGUUUUAAUGGAAGAACUAAAGUCUUAUAUCCUUUUAAUUUUUAAACAUGUCUUGUAAACGAACGUCAGACAAAAAUUUAGAAAUUAUAAACUUUUGUCUUGUUUGUUAUAGUUGAUGUAUUUAAAAAACCUUAUAUUUUAUAUGAUUUCUAAUAUAAAGAAUAUUUAAGCCAA